UGCCUUAUUGUUCAAGAAAGCGUUUUGCUUCUUCCAUUGAUAAACCCCGUAACCAACUAUACCUCUACUCGAUUUUCUUUCGAUCUUCAUUCUCUGUUUUUGCAGUGUUCAUUCAUAUCGUAUCUGCAGAUGUCUAUCUUUGAGUAUAAUGGAAGCGCCCUUGUGGCAAUGGUGGGGAAGAAUUGCAUUGCAAUUGGCAGCGAUCGACGACUAGGAGUUCAACUUCAAACAAUUGCUACUGAUUUUCAACGUAUUUUCCAGAUUCACGAUCGCCUCUUUAUUGGUCUUUCUGGUCUCGGCUCCGAUGCUCAGACUCUAUACCAGAGGCUUGUGUUUCGGCACAAAUUGUAUAAGCUAAGGGAAGAAAGAGAUAUGAAGCCGGAAACAUUUGCUAAUCUUGUCUCCGCCAUUUUGUAUGAGAAAAGGUUUGGACCAUACUUUUGCCAGCCUGUGAUAGCUGGAUUAAGUGAUGAAAACAAGCCAUUCAUUUGCACAAUGGAUUCUAUUGGAGCCAAGGAGCUUGCUAAAGAUUUUGUUGUUGCUGGGACUGCAUCAGAGUCUCUGUAUGGUGCUUGUGAAUCCAUGUAUAAGCCCGACAUGGAACCUGAAGAAUUGUUCGAGACAGUCUCCCAGGCUUUGCAAGCAUCAGUUGACCGGGACUGUUUGAGUGGUUGGGGAGGGCAUGUCUAUCUUGUGACGCCAACGGAGGUCAAGGAGAGCAUCUUGAAGGGCCGGAUGGAUUAGUUUUUUCUCAGGGGGUUAUCAUCCUCCCGUUUCAGCAAUGGAUCAUUAAUCAAAACGUUUAUGUUGUAAUCAAAUGCUCAGACAUAUUAAGUAGUUUUAAUGGCGACAGGUUUUAAUCGGAACACUUUGGAAGAUUCAAGUCACUUGUGUUACUUGUAAGUUGUAAUGGUGAAAAAAUUGAUAGCCCUCGACAUUGUUCAA